GGCGGAAGGACUCACAUCGUCCACCGACCAGGCUCGCGAAUUUGACCCACGAUCUUCCAGCUGCGUGUCUGCAGACCGAGAGCACGACCGGAAUGGAAAACAAGCUGCGUGCUGUUUGCUUGAGUUAUUAAAUCAUGGAUCCUGUCGGAGUACCCGCGCCUGCCCGUGCUCACCGCGGGUUCUUCGCGACGUCGCUGCAUAUCCACCUGCUCAUCGGAGGGAUAUCGUUUGUCUUCACCUUCGUCCUCACCCGCGUCCUCGGCAUGGUUCUGUAUUAUGUUCUGCAGCAGCCUGUGUCCUCCUUCUUCACAGACGGCGCGCUAGACGACUCCGCAGCCUCAGCGGCAUCCGCAAUGGCCACCACCGCCGCCGCCGCUGCCGCAGACGCAUCCACAUCGGCCGCUUCGUCGCACAUCACACUAAUCGACAAAUUCGUGCUCGUUUUCGAAGAAGAAUUUGGAUCCUCCGCGGCAAUCAGCCCGUCUGACGCCUACCUGUUUCGGUUCUGCGGCGUGCUGCUCUACACACUUUACGCCAUCGUCGUCGCUUUCGCGCUCUCGUUCUCCGCGCUCUUUCACUCUUUCUCGUUUAUCUUUUUUGUCUGGCGGAAGUGGAUCGGGAUCGGGAAGGGUUUGUACGGAUUAUGGAAUAGCGAUUCGGGGAUUACCGGGGUUUGGUAAUUGAACUUGUUAAUGAUAGAUGACAGUUGUAUUUGUUUUUUCUUUUGUGUGUUACAUGGUGUUGGUUUUGCUUUUCGGUUGAGGGUUGGCUUGGUAAUUUGAUAUUGCUUGUUUACUAGU